GAUAACAAAAAGCACACAAGCUUCCACACAAACAAAAUGGCAGUCAGCACUGCCUUGGGACUGCAGGGGGCUUCCCUGUUCUUGCCAUUACUCCUGUUUGGCUUUUUCUUCCAAUGUACUGAAGGAGCGGAAGACUGCAAGAUUGGAAAAUACGAUCUAACAGAUUUGCAUGCAUUCAGCCCCUGGUUUUCUGUUAACGAUUAUACAAAUGCAACGUUCAGCAUCAGUCUAUGCAGCAAACUUCCUCAAGACACCUCAGAUGGUGCCCAUAACUGCCCUGAUGGAACAGCUGUAUGUGCUGUCCUGCGUAAUGGAACAGCUGUUGCCUAUGGAAAAUAUACCAGCGAUCCAGAAAUAUCUGAAGAUGGGACUGAGACGGAACUGAUGGUUAUGUUCAAGGGAGAGGAAUGUCCCAUGGCAGAAGGGGCCGUCUACUCAACAAUAUUCCAUUUCAGAUGCGGCAAGACCAUGGGAUAUCCACGAUACUUGGGCGACCUUGGCUGCUCAGUCAACUUUGAGUGGGACUCGUAUAAGUUUUGUAGUGACCUACCGACUCCGCAGAAAGAGGUACCAUGUACGCUUGUCAAAAAUGGCAGUCUGAUUGAUCUUUCUCCCUUGACCAAAAUUAGUGGUGGUCACCUGGUAGAUGAGUAUCAAAACAGAAAGAUCUUCAUCAAUGUUUGCAGGGAUAUUAUCAAAGGGAAAGAAACGUCGGAUGGAAGUGAGCACUGUCCUGAGGGCUCUGCCUCGUGCCGAGUUAUUGGUGACGAGGGCAAGAGCUUUGGCCAGGCACUGAAGAAAAUGGAGCCCAUGGACGAUGGGGUGAAACUGGAGUAUGUCAGUUCUGAGGUACCUCCUGGCUGCCCGGGGAAGCCUUCCACAACUGUACUCUUCCGCUGUCCACAAAGAGGAGGGAGCCGAGACCCCGUGCUGCUGAGUGACUUCCUGGUGAGCUGCGACCUGGAGAUUGAGUGGGUCACGGAGUACGCCUGCCCGGUGGAGCAUGUUGUCAGCAAUACCUGUCAGCUGACCAUGGAACAACAUGAUGUAGCUAUUGACCUGUCGCCUCUUAAAGCUGCCCAGUUCAGCAGAGAUGUGUAUAGGGUAAACAACACUGAUGGCAGGGAUAAAUACACAUACUACAUCAAUGUCUGUGACUCACUCGGGACUCAGUGCGGUAACCAGUCAGUUCCAGGUCUAUCCUCUGUCUGUCAGCGCAAAGAUAGUGAUUCUUUGUUUGCCAGGAGCUGUGGACAGAACAGAUUUAUGCAGCUGAGAUAUGCCGACAGGAAAUUGACCAUGAUCAUGAGAAAUGGCGACAAAUGUCACACAAAUUUCAGACGUUCAACCAUGAUUGAAUUUUACUGCAACAAAACUGCUGAAAAUGAUGGUCAUGGAUACCCGGAGUUUGUCAGGCAUGAAAACUGCAGCUAUUUCUUCGAAUGGGGCACCAAAUAUGCCUGUUUCGAUCAGGUACAGGACGGGACAUGCCGUGUGAAUGUCGGAGGAAAACGGUUUGACCUCUCUGCUUUGGUCAGGGAGACUGGUGAGAACUGGGAUGUGCUAUCAGGGGAAGAUGAGAGUGAUGACCUUGUGGUCAACAUCUGCCAUGAUGUCUUGCUCUCUGGGAAAGCCAACUCCUGCCCGCCGGGGUCAGCUGUUUGUGCUGUAGGCAAGAACGGAGCAGUCAGCCUUGGUAAAUAUACUGACCCUCUGAGCUAUGAUGCAGCCAGCAAGUCUCUGAAGCUCACUUACACCAAUGGGGCUCAUACUGAGAACAACUGCGCUAGGAAGACCACCAUCAACUUCUUCUGUAGCCCAGGUGACCUUGAGAGCGCCCCUGUGCUGGUGCACAAGUCAGAAGACAGCUGCUACUACGAGCUGGAGUGGCACACCUCGGCCGCCUGCGUGCUAUCACAUCAGACGGGAGACAAAUGCCGAGUGGUGGACAACGAUGCUGGGUAUGUGUUUGACCUGACACCGCUGACUGUACGAGAGAAGGGAAAUUCAUACAUGACCAGCUCCCUAGGACAUAACUAUCUACUCAACGUGUGUGCGGCCGUCAAAGAUGACAACUACUGCAAGGACGCCCCUCACGACAACGCUGCCAUAUGCCAGGUGGAGCGAUCUGCCAGCCAUGGUCAGGUAAAGAUCGGUGAACCGGCAUCUAAGCUGGAAUAUUUCGAUGGAGUUUUGAAUCUCACCUAUACGAACGGGGAGCCGUACAACAAUCCUGGCAAGACAGCCAGGAUGGCAGAGAUUGCCUUUCUGUGUGACAUGGCAGCAGGAACGGGCAGGCCAGAGUUCCUGGAGGAGAAAAACUUCACGUACGCAUUCAAGUGGCGCACCAGUUACGCUUGCCCCACACCACCACUGGAGUGUGUGGUGACAGAUGACGACAGUCAACAGCAGUUUGAUUUAUCCAGCCUUGCCAGAGUCUCAGAGAACUGGUCAGUGAUGAGGGGUCAUGGGCCAGAUGACAGGCAGAAGUUUUACAUCAACAUCUGCCGUCCGGUGGCGCCGGUGAAGGGCGUCCAGUGUGGCAGGUUUGCCGCAGUCUGUGCUACCAGUGUGGAUCAACACGGAAAUGAGAAACUGUUUCAUGGAAGCCUGGGAAAAGCAGAGUCACCUCCUGAGAUUGAGAGGUCAAUCUCCGGUGUGAAGCUCACUUACACCAACGGAGACAACUGCGAGGACGGGGGUGUCAAGAAGAAAUUCAAAACUUCCAUUCAUUUUGUCUGUGCGCAUGGAAGAAUGUCGGAGGGCCCGAUCUCCCCUCAGCAAGUGAGCCCAUGUGAGUACUCCAUCUUGUGGCAGACAUCUGCCGCCUGUGCUGUGGACGAUAUGAAGAACGACACAGCCUGCAUGGUGCGGGACCCAAACUCUGACUUUAUGUUCAACUUGAAGCCGCUCUCAAAACUUGGUGGUUACGAUGUGAAGAGCGCCGAUGGCUCAGAGGCUUACAAAAUCAACAUCUGCGGUAGUCUUCCCGAGUCAGUUUGUGCCAAAUUUGACGGGAAGCACCCAACUUCCGUGUGUCAGAUUGGAACAGACAAGAACAUUCCACGAGCUGCCUUUACCUCAGACCUUGAGUAUACAAGCCAAGGGGAGCUAACCAUCACAUAUCCUGGGGGCGUGGACCAGUACACGGGCACGCAGCGGAACUAUAUCAUCAACUUCUUCUGUGACCGCGCGGCACAGGACCCGCGUAUGAGCUACGAGAGUCAUGACCAGAUCUCCACCGUGUUCCGUGUAGAGACAGCCCUGGCCUGCGCCUCCAAACCCGUGGACUGCGUAGUACAGGACAGAGAGGGGAGGCAAUAUGAUCUGACCCCUCUGGCUCGCAGUACCGGGAACUGGGUGGUCAUCGACACAAGGUCCACGCACAAAGAUCUCCGCUAUCACAUCAACGUGUGUAGACCGGUCAAUCCCACCGCUGAGAUGACCUGCCCAGGAGGGGCUGUGGGCGGCUGCCAGACGAGCACGAACAGUCAGAGCCACGGCUUCAGCUUAGGGUAUGUUCAGUCCCAGCCGGUGGUGGCCCCAGACGGUGGCGCCAUCUCCAUCCGCUACACAGGGGGAGACAAAUGCCACAAGGGCACUGAAAAAGAGGCUUUCCGCUCCACCCAGAUCACAUUCAUCUGUGCCAGUGUAGAGGGCAGUCCUACGUUUGAGGGAGAAAGUGACACUUGUGAGUACAGCUUUGUCUGGAGAACCCCCAGUGCCUGUGCUCAGCACGUUGAAACUGGUACCAACUGUAAAGUCAUAGAUCCGCUCUACAACUUUGAGUUUGAUUUGAGCCCUCUGCGGAAGACGACGAACAACUACAAGGUAAAGGGAGAUGAGUACGAAUUUCUGCUCAACGUUUGUGGCCCUCUGGUGAAUGGUCCUGGGUCCUGCAGUGGGGCGCAUGUUGGAGCAUGUCAGAAUGGCUCAACUCUUAAGUCGCCGAUUGAGACAGGGAUGUAUAACAGCAACCCCAUAUACGACUCUGGUCAAAUCUCACUGGUGUACUCGGAUGGACGGUCAAGCUGUCACCAUAAGUACAAUCGUACGACAGUCAUCUAUUUCCUGUGUGACCACAGUGAAAGUGGUGAAGGAGGGCCACGCUAUGUAGAAGAACAGUCUGACUGUACCUAUGUGUUUGAGUGGCCAACCCAGAGGGCUUGUCCUCCUCACCAAGUGACUGACUGCACUUUCCGCAUCGGAAAUGAUGUCUAUGACCUCUCUCGACUCUCAAGGUCAGAUGGAAACUAUGAGCGAACAUAUUCUCAAACGACGUACAUCCUCAACAUAUGCCGCUCGUUGGUGCAUAAGAAAGGUCAAACUUGCCCCUUCGAGUCGGCUGCCUGUAUGAUCGAUGAUUCCGAGAAAGACCCAAAAAAGAAGUUCCACAACAUCGGGGAGGUGACAAGCCGCUCUCUCAACAUUCAGCACAAGACUCUGAUGCUGAAGUACGAGCACGGAGAACUCUGCAAGGACGGGAAGACGCAGCGGUCCACAGUCAUCCUCUUUGAUUGCGACAAAAAUUCGGAUGCAUUGGGCAGUCCCGAUGGCCACUUCAUGGUAGAUUGCCAGGACACAUUCACCUGGACGUCCAGUGCGGCUUGCCCACUGUCUCUUGAUCCCGGUAGCAAAGUUGAUGCCAGCGACUUUGGCAACUGCACUGUGAAGAACCCAGACACAGGGUAUGAAUUUGACUUGACUGGUCUUCGAAAAAGUGAAGGUUACACGACAUACGACAGAAACGGCCAUGAGUUUAGCCUCAAUGUCUGUGCCUGGCUUCAGAGUACAGAGAAAUGUGCUAAUGGGACAGCCGUGUGUCAGACUGACCGGCUAGGUGCUAAGGCCAGUGUGAGCACCGGCUCGGCCAAUGCCCGGCUGCAGUAUCUGGAUGGAGUUCUGGCCCUUCACUACAAGAGCGGGGACAAGUGCAACGAACAGGGAAUGACGCGUGAAACGUUCAUCAACUUUGUUUGUGUCCCCGGGGCCGGCAAGGGGGUGCCCAUCUUCAUUGACAAGUCUGGAGACUGUCUCUACUACUUUGACUGGCAGACAGAGCUGGCUUGUGAGACGGAGGUGAGCUGUGAGGUCAAGACUGAUGGGGGGUUCACCCUGGACUUCUCUCCUCUCAUCAUGAAGUCUGGUCAGUACAAUGUCCUGCCAGCAGGCGCCGGUGGCCAUAAGACAGCUGGGAUGAUCUACGUUAAUCUCUGUCGACCUUUAAACCCAAUCUUUGGCACCCUGUGCCCGCCUGGGUCAGGUGCUUGCAUGGUGCGGGGAGCAGAAAAACCACUGAGUUUGGGUCGUAUACGUCAGGCUCCUGUAUAUGAUAAAUAUACAAAGGAGGCCCGACUUAUUUAUGACCACGGCAGCCCCUGCCCAUCUAAGAAGGCUGUCAGCUUGUCAUCCGUCAUCAUCCUCAAAUGUGGCCACAUGAAGUUCUCGGACCCAGAACUCACUGAUGUGGUAGAUAGCUGCCGGUAUGUAUUUACAUGGGAAACUCCCGAGGCUUGUGAAGGGAAGACCACACAGAAAUUGCACCCAAACUGCACCUACUAUGACUCAGAGGCCCAGGUCACCUAUGACCUUUCACCCUUGUCAGACCCUGUCCCAGUGUCUUCGUCCCAUGGGGGCUCGUACCAGGUUCUGGUGUGUGGACAUCUCCAGGACAAAGGGGAGAAAGGGGAAGCAUCUUGUGCUGGUUCGGCUGUCUGUCUCUCGGGGGCCAAGGACAAAGAUGGUUCUUUUGGUAACCCUGAGCAUGGGAUGUUCCGCAAAAACAGCUUCACGGUGGACCUACAGUUUACACAGGGGAAAAAAUGUGGUGGUUCAGAUUCUAGUCGUGCAAUGUCGACCAUCUACUUCAAGUGUGACAGAACAGCUGGCAAUGGUCGACCAAUGGUCAUUUAUGACAAAGAGUGUGAGGUGGCCUUACGCUGGCCAACCAGCCUGGUGUGUCCACCAAUCAGAAAGAAGUGUGUGGUGGGGAGCAGGGGAUCACUGUUUGACCUGAGCUUCCUGUCCCAGGACACGGGCAGCUGGAACUACACAGACAGUCAGGGCAAUGUGUAUUGGAUGAAUCUUUGUCAGCCUCUUCACGGCCAGCCAGAGAGCCAGGGAUGUUCCCCCGGUGCAGCUGUGUGCAUGAAGACAAAAACCGGGAUGGUGCACACUUUAGGCAAACUGGAGACACAAGUCAUGUUUGUGGAGAAGAACAGUGGAAGCAGCAACAGCACUGUAGUGGUGGGGUACUCCGAGGGCGAUGCAGUCGCAUGCCAGGCUGGUAGACGCAGACGCAGCGAUCUGUCUCCCAAAGUCAUCAUCAGACUGACCUGUGGCCAGACAGUGGGUGCACCGGUCUACUUGGAGCACAGAGUUGACAAUGCUGCGAAGUGCAUCUUUGAAUUCACCUGGGCGUCAAGGCUAGCCUGUCCUACAGAAACAGCUCCUGUCAAAGCUGACAUGAAAGAUGGACAGAUCCUUGACAAGAGAACAGGCAGAACCAUUGACCUUCGUCCUCUCCUCAACAGUGAUAAGGCCCACACAGUGCAGGUUCACAACAAGAAGUAUCUGAUCAGCCUGUCAGGUCCGGUUCAACCAGACUCGACUUCCUCACAACUCACACACUGGGCCUGUGACAGCGCUGCUGUCUGUGAUAUCACCAACGGCCAGUCAGCAGCCCGCAACUUGGGCAGUUUCAAGAGCUUGACAUACUUUCUGCUAGAUGAGCGUCUGGAGGUUGAGUUUACCGCCCCGGAGAAGUGCCCAGGCAACCAAAGCAGCAGCCACGUCACCACCACCAUCAUCUUCAACUGUAUCAGCGACAAAGCUCAAACGGAGCCGGAGUUCUUGUAUCAAGCCCAGGACUGUGGCUACAUUUUCAACUGGGACACCAGUCUUGUCUGCCUGCAUGCCGCUCCGUCGGUGAUCAAGCCAUCAGCUGGCAGUGGCAUGGGCAGCAAGGCAUCCGGCUCAGACUCGAAGGAUAGCGUGCCCAAGGUGGUCGUCGGGGUAACCGUCUUCCUGCUGAUUGCUCUGGCCUGCAUUGUAGUGCUUGUCCUUCAUAAGGCUGAGAGAAGUUGGGACAAAACGACAGCCUUGCAAAUGACGAUGGUGAUGACGAUGAUCCUUUCAACCCGUUUAACGAACCGGACGAGGAGGCGGAAAUCGACAACAGUCAGCUUCCACCUCGAGUCAGCACCUACCACGACGACAGUGAUGAAGACAUGUUGCUAUAGUCCGUCUUUGUCUUGGUCUCUCUUUCUCUAUUUCUGUCUAUCUCACUCUCCCUCUGGAGCAGGCUUUUUUUCUGUCUUUUUCAAAUUGGCUAGAUUAUUGCUAACAUAGUCCAUGCCUCUGUCAUUUUGGAUCUGAAAGAGGAGGAAGAGCAGGCAGUUCCUUGAAAAAGGUAUGAGAUGAGGAGAGGUGUGGAAAGAGACGGGGGGAUGGGCUGGUUGGAAGAGAUGCUGGGAUAGGUUGGGAGAAAUGAAGCCUGUUUGCUAUCUGCUGGAGCCAUAAAAAUUUGAAUAUUGCUUUACGAUGAUUGCAACUGUAAGGACUGUGAAUGGGGUUAGUGGGAGGCUGGUUGUUGCAGCAGUGAGGGCUAGGCUGAGACUUAUGCUCACUGUCCUCCUGACCUUCUGUGAGGGAUUUGAUCUCCAACAAAUGCAGGGAAAAUAUUGCCACUAUUGACUGACCCAGUUGUGAUCUUAAGUAUUGUAUAUAUUUAACACAUAACCUACUAUGGGAGUUUGAUUCUGUUGCCUCCGUGCGCUCCACAGAAAAAUCUUUUAUAUCUUGAGGACCACACAAAAAUGUAAAAAAAUUCACACUGCAUCACAAUUUAUGAAGUGUGAAGUGUUUCAAGCAUCUUGUACAUUUAUUCUCUAUGUAUGUCCUUAAUGUAUUAACUCCUUACAAGCCACAUGUCCCAGACUCUCUCUCGAGUUUCUAGUUUAAGUUUCACAGAAGUAUUUCAUCUCAUACAUUUGUCUUGCCUUGUAACUAAUAACUAAAGAUAAGAAUUUAAUUUGAUUUUGAAUCAAAGUACAUAAGGGAAGGUUGCUAAGCAGGCAUUGAAAGGGACAUAACUUAUUUUCUCAUUGUCUUAAUCCUUGCAUUGCAGUCACUACAACAUGCCGUGUGUCAGGGGAUAAUAGGAACUAAAAUUUCCGAAUCUGAACUCAUCGCAUGAGCUGUAGGCACAGAGCGUCCCAGUCACUACUCGUUCUAUUCACAGACAGGGCCACAAAAUGGGUUAAUGUAUUUUGGACAUUAUUUUCAGAUAUGACUUGCAAGAUGUAGAAAAUCAUGUGCUUGAUAUUUAUGAUUCAAAACUAGUUUGUCAUACUACCUGUAUUGAUAAUUGAUAUAAUUCCUUUUGAAGUAUUGUCAAAGGAGUGGCGGUGAUGUUGGUAAUGUUAUCUCCUCGGGGGUCAGUUCUGAUUUGGUUGUUCCUUUCUAUUGAUCUUCACUCCAUCACUAACUUGUUUUUUACUCAAGCAGACGUGGUAUACAAGGUCAGAUAUGAUACUUAGUAGCCAGUAAAUGUCAAGCCCUAUAUGGUUCAUUAUAUUGUAACAGAGGGCCAUGAUGUAACUGUGUUUUGUUUCACCACUUACUUUAUUUCCUUUAUGAUUUGAUUUCACUUUCAACAUUCAUUUAAGACCUCCCUGACAAGACCCCCAAGGGAGCUUGUCACGUCUCUCAAAUUUUUGCCUGUAUUUCAGAUGGUCUGAGCUUAGUUUGAACUGAUAUGUGGUGUAGUGGGUGGAGGGAGAGAAGGUAUUGUGUGGAGAACUUGCUGUGAAUACCUACAAUAUUUUCCUGCUUUACAAAAAUACUCAAUUUUGCAGAUGGCUGUAUUUUUUGGUCUAAGUUUGGGCUAUUAUUGAGGGGGGGAAAAGGGGUGGGGUGUAGGAGGAACCAUAAUACAUGUUCAUGUUUUUAGUGGACUGUUCCUUAUUUGUCACCUACUGUAAGUCUUUGACUAAGAAGUUGGUGGGUUCAGAAACUUUUUAUAAGAGUUUUUACUUUUUGUAAUCAUUUUGCAUGGUGACCAGCACAUACUCUGUUUGGGUCAAGAUCUGUUAUGUUUUUGAAGGAAUUCUAUCAUCCCUUCCUGAACACAAGUAAUAGUGACAGGUAGACUUGUAACGUCUGCAUCUGACAUCAUGGUUAUAAUGUUGGUUUUCUUUUUAAUGUAUCGUUUACCAAUUGUGUUUCUGAAAAAUAUUGCCUCUGAUUAUUACAAAUGCAGAAGUCAAAUUUGUAUAAUAUCUUGUGCCUGACAAGCAGUAGCAGACUGCUUAAUAAUUUAGGCAGAAUAGGAAAACUAUAUUUCGGUAUCACGUCCAGCUUUGAAACUUGUCGGAUUUGUCUACUUUGUCUGUGAAUUUUCCCUUUAGUCCCAUUUUUCUUCAGCCUACAGAGAAAAUUUAUAAACAGCUUAACAAACCAUUGAAUGUUUGCCUUCCAACCUUGUUUGUGUAUUUGUUAUGCAUCUGAACAAUUUACACUUUCAUGACAUGACAGUGUUGGGAUUUCUUUGAUUAAAUGGGCUUUCAUCAGUUCUGUUUGAUGCUAUGUUCGUCGCUGUCUUGUACAAGCCUCCCGUCUCCAUGUAUGGGCAUGAAGGAGAUGUUGACAUGACAGCAAGGCUUUUAUGAUAUAGAAGUACUUCUCUAUAUGUGUUGUAUGAACUACAUCUUUGUUAUGUUGUAUUUGGUACCUCUCAUUCGGUGUCAUAAUUAGUGCCCUUCAAUUUUAAAAAAUGUUUCAUCAAAGUAUUUCUGUUUGUUUUGUGUACUGAAUGCAAGUGUCAUCUAAGUAUGUUAGUGGGCACUUCACAAACAUAAAUGUGACCCAAAGGCAUGUUGCUUUUCCAGCUCAUGCCCCAUGUUUUCAACCUCCUGAACAGACAGGUCACCUGCGUCAUCUCUGUGAGACUUCCUCUUGACUUGCUGGCAUAUUGAUGUACGUAACAUUGGGCCGCAACUGUCAGUUUCAAAGGGGUUUUUUUCAUGUGUAUGGUGAGAAUUGUUGUCCUUCAUGUGUAUAUAUAUUUCAACUUAAUCAUCAGAUCAUGUUAACAUUGCUAGAUGUGGUUAACAAUUCUUUGCCAAAUAUGCUAAAGAACAGACUGUAUGUUCUUGUUAGUGGUACUGCAGUCGAAAUUGUUCAAGAUGGCCGCUUAUUGUCAAAGAGAAAAAUGUUUUUCUUAGACAGGUGUACCUCUUGGGCAGUGACAUUAUAAUAUUUAAAAAAAUCAAAGCACAGGGUGGGGGGGGGGGUGUUUGUACAAGUGAUUGUCUUAGACAGUUGGUUGUUAAAGCAGGUUUGACAGUAGUUCUAUGUAUAGUCCCAUUGGCAUACUGUGAAAGAACUUUGUUGUACUAUCUGUUUGACUCCAUAUAUCAUUGCAUGUUGUCUUAAUAUGUAUGACUGAUUUAUUGUAAAUGUUUUUUCUGCUUCUGUCAACACAGUAUAGAUCAUUUAGACAGCUGUUAAGAAUUGGAGCAUGAAAGUUUGGGUUCCGUCAUCAGUGUCAAGUGCACACUAUGUGUGUCUGAAGAUGAAAGGUUCAUUUCAUCAUUUCAAAAUAUAAACUCGCGAUCAAAGUAUUAUCUUACACAGGAUAAAAAAUAUUCUGACUAGUGAAAAGCUGGGUGGAAAAUGUGUCUUUUAUCAGUAUGAAAUUUGACUGAAAUCAGAGCAGCAUUCUUUCUCACAGGAAUGCUCAGCUAGUGGUUGUUAACAAAAAAUUUGGCAUAAGUAUAUUAGUUUGGGUAAAGAUGAAUUCUUAAUAUUUGUCUGUGAAUCUGUCAACUCUGUCUGGCUUAAGUGAUGAAACUAGCAGACUCUCCAUCCAGCACACACAAUACAGUCAAGUCCUCGUAAACGGAGCAUGUUUCAUUUGAAAACAACGGUCAACCGGAAAAAAUUAAAAAUCAUUUUUUCCCCUUCUAUUUGAGCAGCCUUUCUAAUCUGAAAACUAAACUAAACCAAAGAAAAUUCGGCAGUUCAGCAGAUUUCGUUUUAAUCAGACUCCACAGUAGCUCAAUCCUGUGUAGGGACCCUUUUAUUAUAGUGUGCCCAUUUCUCAGCUGGCUAGGAUGAAGUGUCCUAAACAUUACAAGUCCCAGAUUUCCCCUUAAAGGCAGGGGUGAAGCAACACGCCUCCUAAAUUAUCUAAAUUGUUUUUGAUAGGAGGUGUAAGAUGUGUACAAUGAAUCUUUGUCAAGGGCAGGCUUCUUCUUCUUGCAUGUUUGUUGUGAAUGCAUGCAUGGCUGUGUGUAAAUUUUCAAACCUUUUGAAUGCCUUUACAAAAUCGUUUUGAAACAAGUUAUGAAUGUGAGGCAAGAGAAACGUGAUUUGAGAUUUUAAUGAUGUUUUGUGUACAUUCCAUCGAGAUUUUUUGUCCCAUCUCUUUCAAGCAGGUGAUAUCUUUGAAACUUCAGACCUGGAUGAAUAUGACAAAAUCUUGAAAUAAUUAUGUCCCUGAUUUUUUCCCUGUUUGUGUCCUCACAGAAUUUCCAUUUGAUUCUGAUCUUCUCUGACAUACAGUAUCUGUUACCUGACUUUUGGUUGUAAUCUUUUUUGUUUGUUUGUUUGUUUUUUUUAUAAUUUUUAUUUGAAGGCUUGUUGGCAUAUAUAAUUUGCACAAUUGUACGAUGUGAUGCAAGGCCAUUGUGUAAGGAAUGCCAUGGUGGAUCCAUUCGAUUUUGUUCUAAGCCAUUAUUGAAUCUGUUAUUACACAUCAACAGAAGAUUGUGAUCACUAACAUGUAAUUUGAUACUUUAUCUCAUAAAGCACUACGGUAAUGCAGCCUCAGAAAAGUCCAUCCUCAUGAUUAAGCCCCAUGUUGUGUUCAGUUGACCAGCUCCCUGUUUGAUGUAAGUUUUUACUACAAGUUCCGAUUUUUGUCCCGUCAGGUGAAAUUGCACACAGCUUUCAUCGUGCUCUGUUCUGCCUGUUUGUUGUAUGUGUACCGUCCACCAAUGCCAUUUUGGUUUGGGACACUUUACUGAUCUAAUGUUAAAGGUCUGAAUUCUCCUCAAGAACCUUUUUCUUCAGCGUUUUCAUAUCAGUAGUGUACAGAACCCUCAAGACUUUUUCCUCUGAUUCUCGGUGUUCCUUAUUGUCCAAAACUGCUGGAGCAAUGCACGUCCAUGCUGUCAGAAUGUACUAGUGAUGUAGCUCUCUGCAACAUGUUUUCUUUGCUAAGUCAUUUGUGUGAUGAGGCAAGGAACACCAGGGGUAAAAAAAAACUCACUGAUAAAGGUGGACCCAUUUCAGGUCUCUGGUCAAAAUAUGAGUUCUCAAUGCAAAUCAUUUUUCAGAACUUACCUUUCCAAAACCCUCAACAGAAAACUGAAAAAUAUUUUGAGACUUGACAUUCUGCAAAAUCCUCAAAUUUCAAAAGCCUUCGUUAUUAUAUCUGAGAAUUAGUUUUUUGCUUCAUUUUUCUUUCCUUGGUGUUUUUCCAGUGCCUCCAGAUAAUUGUCAACUCUCUGUCUUUGUAGGCUACUGCUUCUAUGGGUCAUUGUCUUUCCUAGCAAUUUUUUGCUGCAAAUGUGUAUUGAUGUGGCUCAUAGCAGGUGAGUAAGGCAAUAUUUCUUGUUAAACGUUGGCUUCCCUGUACGCUACAUCUACAAGUCACUCUGUACAAAAGACAUGGAGUCAGACUUGAGUGUCACUGCUAGCGCUGUCUUCAGACUAUCUAAUAUGAUACUAAUACGUUGUCAGCCUGUGGUUUUCAUUCUAACCCCCAAAGUUCCUGAAAUGCUGCUUUACUUUACAAAACCGAUACUUAUGACGUGCAGUGGACAACCUGUUUUUUUUGGGGGGGGAGGAGGGGGUGAUAGUCAAUGGUGUAAUCAAACCCUUGACAAAGACGAGAAGAAAAUAAGGUUUAUUUUUCAAACAUUGGAUUGUGUGAAAGUGGUGUGAAAUUGUACAGGUUUAAUGCCCCAUGCAACACUGUAAAGUUAUAUAUAAGAUUAAGAGGCUGUACUUCCAAAUUUAAGAUCCAUCUCUGAUGGAACUGAAACUAAUGGCAAAAUUCGUGUAAAGUGUCUUUCCCAAGGACACAGUCUCUGAACAAGCCAGACCUCGAACCCCCAAUCUUGCAAAUUCAGGAUUGUGAGUCAGGUAGCUAAUCACAAGUCUACGAACACCAUGUUAUUGUUUUGUUCCGCGACAUCAAAUGUUGAAAAGGUCGAGAAUAUUAAAGAGAAUAUUAAAUUAUAAAAUUUACAGGGAUUUUGAUAUACUGGCUACCAUUUUGUCAACGACUUUGACAGUGUUUGUAAUUUUGUCGCUGUAGGAACUCAGCUGACAGAUUUUUAUCUUUAAAAUGUUGUAAUAAACAUAGAUAGUCAUUGUUCUCUUACUUUCUUGUCCAAGUUUUCACACUUGUUCAAACUGUUUGGGUUUUUUAAAUGCUUUUUUGCCUUUCGUUUUGUUAUAUAUAUAUAUAUAUAAUCACAAGUAUAACUAUAUCAAAAAAGUAACUAUGUAAAAUGUCUCAGUCUGUGGGAGAAGUCAUGUGACUUUCACAGUUCACUGUACUUGGUCUGAGGAAACAUCUCAAGAGAAGGUAGCAUACCAAAAUUAUUGAUGUGUGCAUUUUGGAAAACAGCUUAACAAUGUUAAUGGAACAAACAUAAUUUUUAACAUGUUGAAAUUAAUGGGUUUUGUCUCUCUGCUGUGUUCUGUCUAGACAUUUGAGAUGGCUUUACGUUCAUCCCUGAAUGUUGUCAUGGACUUGACAUUUUUGUCCUCUUGGCUUAUAACUUAUAGCUGUUAAAAUCAUUGAGGAAAAAGUCAAAGGCCAAUUUUCCGGAGCUCCGUUAUGAGUACAUGUACCUGUAGUGAGACACUUGUCGCAGCUUUUAUUGUUUCAAUGACGACUCAUUAUUCCCCCUCGCUUGAAAGCAUGAACAUAGAUUUUUUGAGCGCCUAGAGCAAAGUCUCUCCAUGUUUCCAGUGUUUCAGAUCACACGCUGGUCAUUGAUUAGCUAUAUUAUUAUUCAUCCUUCUCUCCUUCUGUAAUUCUUGUAUGUGUACACAAUUGUAAUGAUGGUGUGUGGGGUCUUUAUUUAAGGUACUCUAUUUGCAUUGUUGUAUCUGUGUAUUUGUCCGUCUUUGUUCUUUGUGUUGCUUUAAAUUUAUUUUUUUAUACUAGAUACUUGAAUAUGAAGAGGAAUUAAAAACGCACUUGGAAAUCUC